AUGGACAGAAAGAGAAGUGAAGCAGGCCGAGAUGGCCUUUCUCAACGAUGGUAUCAGCCAGUCCAGCGUAAUUGGCAAUGGCACCGUCCAUCUUCCUCCUCCCCGCAGGACUUGGUUGACGGAGCGCCAGACGCCAACAAGCGACAGCGACUCUCACCUGCUGAAAAGAGUGGACCACUAUCUCCUUUACCUGGAGACUCCAAUGCACGCAGACUAAAAAAAUUGCCUGAAUUGGGACAUGGUGCAUCUCCUGGAAUUCUUGGAUCGGCAGUGGCCGCUUUGCCUAGUAUUCAACCACGAGGUGACAAAGGUGUUGCAUUGGCUGCUGAACCUGUCACGAAACGCCAAAAUGUAGGAGCCUCGUUUACUGAAGCUACUAUGGAGGUGGAUGUUCAAACUGAUGUCUACGAACUCAUUCAAAACUUGCUUAAAACCCCAUCAUCGCCUGUAUUUGCUUAUGCAAUCACAAAAUCUGAUGCUACGGAUUUUCUGUACAAUCCAUACCGUCUCAAAUUGAUUCCUUACCGUAAUCUCAACACCAACAAGGCCUACUUUACGAUUAGUGCUGCUGGGGUGACAUUUUUGGACGGACAUGGUCAUGCAGAAUUUGUCAACUUAAACCGAUGGCUACAUGAAUAUGCCUCGUUUCAUGCAAUUAGAAAGAUCCCCUUCUUCUCACAGUAUCUAGUACGUAAAGCAUUUACCUCUUGGCGACGAACAGUGCUUCACGCCAAAGUAUCUGCUGCUCGAACCCGAGUAGCCCGUAAUCUCUUCCUUACACACUCAACGCUUCAAACCGCCUUAUUAACCAUACGAUCUUCAUGUAUCGAUAAUAUUGAAAAGCAGCGGCUUACAAAUAUCCAAGUGGGACGAGUAUACCAGCUUAAGGAAUUUAUAGAUUCGCAAACCACUAAAGUCACUCAAUUUCGUGACAAUGUCGUCACUCAAUGGAUGUCGAAAAUGCAGGCCAUUGUAGAAACAGCUGCUACAGAUUGCUUCAAAGAGAAGGGGUUUGACACCACCACUGUGCAAAAGUCAGGAAUUGACGAGAGUGAUGUAGAGGCUACUACAAAGCCAGGGAUAAAGUUGUCAUUUACGGAGCAAGCUGCCCGAAGAGCUGAAAGUGCAAGAUUACAGCGGUUUGCUAAACUCGCCGACUAUUUAUGUGUCGGGGCUUUACAGACUCUAGCAGUUGAAAGCUCACGAGAUGUAUUGAGACUGGUGUAUCGUGGUUGUCAGACCGAUGUACCAGCAGCUGUCAACGUAAAAGCACCGGAUUCAUCCAAUAGCAACAACGGCAACUCUCUACCAGCUCUGCAGAUAUCAACCACAGAAUUGGUUGAAUGUGGUUGGGACGGUUAUCCUCAAUUAAUUAGCAAUAUAUUGAGACGUACUAUGCCAGUGCUAGAGCUGAUUGAGGUCCGAGAAGAUGAAGGUUUUGUUGGCGAUGCCAUGGAAGUCGACCAAUCCGAUACCCAUAAUAGUAUACAGCCACAGCAACGUAAAUCGUCAAGUACCGAAAAUAUCACGGAAUUCGUACCCCUCUUCAGGAUUGAAUUGUUGCUUCAAACUGGUAAAGGUGGUCAGCCUCUGGAAUUAUUACCUGGAGCUAGUGAUUUCUUGGUAUCAUUUGACGAUAUAUUAAAAAUGUAUUUGGAUUGUGCUUCCUCUAUGCAAGCAAUAUCUGGCACGAUCCCCUUCUUGAAUCCCUCCAAUUUAUUGGGAGGAUCGUAUGCAACAACUCAUGGGCUAGAAGAUGCUGAAUUCCUUCUCGAGGGACCAAACGUCUCUCAAAUCAUUGGAUCCAACAAUUAUUUGAGAGAAUGUGGUAGUAGAGUCCGACGAGUUGUCACCGAUAUGUUUACUAAUGCCGCCAAUUGGGCUGUAACAUGGCAUGAGUUACGACAGAUGUGGGUUGACAAUGAACGAUUUAUAGCCUAUUCCGAAUUGUCAUCGUCCACCGCAAAUGUGGCUGGCCCCGUAAUUGAUCCAUCAUUGAUUGCGAGUGCCUCAGCUGAAGCAGCAGAAACUGGUGAAAGUGUCUUAAUCAUCUUGAACAAGCACUUGAAACUGGGUGCUGAAGAUACCAUGCUGUCACCUAUAAAGACAUUCUUCGAAACCAAUCUCGGCAAGUUUGCAUCCCAGCAAACUAGGAUGAAGGGUAUGCCAGUGUCUGGAAGAGUGGAUAAUUUUUCUGUUGGAUGUGAGAGGUUGAAGAGUGUAUUGUUACCGAGUCCUGAACGAUGUUUCAGGGAGGUGUCAGCUCUGUUGCCUGGUUUGGCAAAAGAUAAAAACGAGCUCCUAUUGGGAGAGUUGCAGACUUGGGUUCGUCAUUUAGGUACUCAGCCACAUGCUGUCGAUGCAUUUGUGGAAUAUCUUGACUGGCUAGAGAAAAUUCAAUUCACACUUCCUCUGGUGGAUGUCUUGUUUGCUGAAGUGACCAGCCUGUAUUCACUCAUGGAUACAUACCGCAUCCCCAUUGAACCAACAGAUUUGGCCUUGCACCAAUCGCUUGGUCCGACACUCCGUACUUUACGAGAUGUUGUAGACAUGGCUGUAGAAACCAAGGACGAUAACAUCCAGCGUUAUUCUGCAGAGCUUGAAAAGGCAAUGUCUGAUCUUAUGGGAGAAGUAGCUGAAGUUCGUAAUGCUGCCCAAGAUCCAUCGAUUCUCACCGCUUCUUCAAAUACGGAAGAAGUAACAGUAUUGCUGAAUGCCCUUGUAUCACGAAUCAGGGCUAUAGAAGAUCGUAAACACACGUAUGAAAGCUGGGGUGAAUUGUUUAAGGCUGGUGGAUCCUUUGUUGCUUUACGAGCACAACAAGCAACUCUGGCUGCUGAGACUGGCAGUAAAGGUGCACCACCGGCUGCCUCUGCUGAUGGUGAUACUGGUCGAUCGCAGGAAUUGGAUGACACAAAGACUGAAGUUAGCUUGAAAUUGUUGCUCUGGUCUAGCAUUCAAGAGUGGAAGAACCUUACAGAAAAGUGGAUGACUUCGCCAUUUGACUCAGUAAAUACAGAAGAGUUGAGCAAUACCAUAACUUCGUAUGUGAAGGUAGUAGCACAACUCGAUAAGGGUAUUCCACCAAAUGAAGUUGUUCCGUACCUCAAGACCAUGGUGGAUGAAUAUCGGGCCAUGUACCCAACUAUAGUAGAUUUACGAAAUCCAGCUCUCAAGUCUCGUCACUGGGAAAAGAUCCAAGAUGCUCUUGGUAAACAGCUCGUCCGUGAUGAAACAUGGACUUUGUCAACACUUAUGGAUCAAGGUGUCUUCAACUUCAAGGAUGAAAUUUCCCAAGUCUCGUCACAGGCAUCAUCUGAAACUGCUCUUGAAGAAAUGUUGGCCCGAGUAGUUAAAGCCUGGAAUGAUUGUGAAUUCCUCAUCAUCAAUUAUCGGGAUGCCAAGGAUGUCUUUAUCCUGGGAUCUGUGGAAGAUGUCGAAGCAUUAUUAGAGGACUCGUUAGUGACUGUUGCCACAGUCAAGAGCUCGAGAUUUAUUGGACCAAUCCGUAAUGAAGUUGAACGCACAGAUCGUGCACUUCAGCUCUUUGCUGAAACGUUGGAAGAAUGGCUUACUUGUCAACGCGGCUGGUUAUACCUUGAGAGUAUCUUCUCAGCACCCGACAUUCAACGUCAGUUACCCGAUGAAGCUCGUAUGUUUACCCAAGUAGAUAGGAACUGGAAAGAAACUAUGCGAAAAACAGCUCGCAGCCCGAAUGCUCUAAAAGCAGGUACUCAACCAGGUCUACUCGAACAAUUCCAGCAAAACAAUGCUCUAUUGGAUCAAAUUCAGAAAUGUUUGGAAGAUUAUCUGGAAUCCAAACGAUUACUCUUCCCUCGAUUCUAUUUCUUGUCUAAUGAAGAAUUGUUGGAAAUAUUAUCACAAACUCGUAAUCCCUUGGCAGUGCAACCGCACCUGUCUAAAUGUUUUGAUGCCAUUAAAUCCUUGGACUUCUCAUCUGCUGAUUUGAGAUCUAUGGAGAUUAUCGCCAUGAUAUCUCCUGAAGGUGAACGCAUACCAUUCACCAAAGCCAUCAAAGCUCGUGGUAAUGUUGAAGGAUGGCUGGGAUCUGUGGAAGAAGCUAUGGUUGCUGUAUUGAGGAAGCUUGUCAAGAAUGCACUUGCUGAUUAUUCACCUGCCAAACGUGGUGAAUGGGUGUUGCAACAUGCUGGACAGGUUGUAUUGGCUGGCAAUCAAGUAAUGUGGACUAAAGACACUGAGAUGUGUGCUCGAGCUGAUCAACCGCAAAAGGCUCUUCUUGGAAUGAAAGACUUGUCUAUAAAGAACUUGGCUCAGCUGGCUGCACUUGUACGAGGUGACUUGAACAAGUUGCAAAGAGCUAUUCUGGGGGCCUUGAUCACCAUCGAUGUCCAUAAUCGUGACAUUAUUCAAGGAAUGAUAAAUUCUAAACUCAGCGGUCCAUAUGAUUUCGAAUGGACCAAGCAGCUUAGAUAUUUGUGGGAUGCAGAGGCUGAUGCCAUUCAGAUUCAAAUGUCAUCCUCCACGUUUAACUAUGGCUAUGAAUAUCUUGGUUGUUCGCCUAGAUUGGUCAUCACUCCGUUGACUGAUAGGUGUUACCUGACUCUUACAAGUGCACUUCAGCUGAACUUGGGAGGUUCGCCAGUUGGACCAGCUGGAACUGGUAAAACCGAAACGGUCAAGGAUUUAGCAAAGGCAUUGGCUCGGCAGUGUGUGGUCUUCAACUGUUCAGACAGUUUAGAUUACAAGAUGAUGGGCAAAAUGUUUGCUGGACUGGCUCAAUCCGGAGCAUGGUGUUGUUUCGACGAAUUUAAUCGUAUUGACAUCGAAGUCUUGUCGGUCAUUGCUCAACAAUUGUUGACUAUAAAAGCAGCCAAAGAUGGACGCAUGUCAAGAUUCAAUUUCGAAGGACGUGAAAUUCGAUUGAUUGAUACAUGUGCUGCCUUUAUUACCAUGAAUCCUGGUUAUGCUGGUCGUACGGAACUGCCUGACAACUUGAAGGCAUUGUUCAGACCUAUUUCCAUGAUGAUACCAGAUUAUGGUCUCAUUGCAGAAAUCAUGCUCUUCUCUGAAGGCUUUGAGAAUGCCAAAGUGCUCGCCGGCAAAGUAGUAAAUCUAUACAAGUUAUGUUCAGAGCAAUUGUCACAACAAGACCACUACGAUUUUGGUAUGCGUGCAGUGAAAUCGGUGCUGACUAUGGCCGGAGGUCUGAAACGAGCUAGUCCCGAACAAUCCGAGGAUAUAGUAUUGAUACGAGCCUUACGAGAUUCCAAUCUACCGAAGUUUUUGGCAGAAGACGUACCGCUAUUUAGUGGUAUAUUGUCUGAUCUCUUCCCUGGUCUCACUGCUCCAGACAAGAGUUCUGAAGAGCUCGUACAAGCCAGUAUUCAAGCUCUGAAAGAUCUUAAUCUUGAACCUACCGAAGCGUUUGUUAAAAGAGUAUGUCAAUUGUACGAAACUACUCGAAUCCGUCAUGGUGUUAUGCUUGUUGGACCAACUGGGGGUGGUAAAACGACAUGUUACCAGAUACUACAGGAAGCCAUGACCCGCCUUGCAAAGAAGAAUCCAAAUCUGUUCUCAGACGUCAAGACAUCUGUACUCAAUCCCAAGUGUCUGAGUAUGGCUGAGCUGUACGGAGAGUUCAAUCUCACUACUAUGGAGUGGACUGAUGGUCUGAUUGGUAUUGUCUUCAGAGAGCACGUCAGUGACAAGACCAAUGCGGAGAACUGGACUGUUUGUGACGGUCCAGUAGAUGCUCUCUGGAUCGAAAACAUGAACACUGUGUUAGACGAUAACAAGCUUCUCUGUUUGGCCAACAGUGAGCGGAUAAAAAUGACACCCAUGAUGCACAUGCUGUUCGAAGUAGCAGAUUUAGCGGUCGCUUCACCUGCCACAGUAUCUCGUUGUGGUAUGGUGUACAUGGAUCCGGUAGAUUUAGGAUGGCGGCCAUACGUCAAAACGUGGUUGCGCAAACUACCUAAUAUCGUAAGAGACGACUUCAAAGAAUUCUUCUCAAAACUCUUCGAGACGUAUAUGGACCGAGGGUUACAAUUUGUGCGAACGCACUGUAAAGAAUAUGUCAGGUCCAUCAAUCUAAAUCUAGUCGCCAGUGUAUGUCGAUUGAUUGAGACCUUCUGUGCCAGAACCACCGAAAUCGAUUUUACGCAGCCACCGCCAGCCAAUAGUCUCUUUACGCUACUGGGUCAUGUAUUCAUAUUUUGUUAUGUAUGGGGUCUUGGUGGUAAUUUAGCUGAUGGGUUCCAAGAUGCAUUUGAUACCUUUGCGCGAGAUUUGUUUGAAGCUGAACCCAUCUCUGCUGAAGUACUACUGCCGGCCAACACGUCAACCCUGUUUGGCUACUUUGUAGAUGUCAAACGAACGUGCUUUACACCAUGGGACGAUCUCGUUGCACCAUUUAAAUAUGAGAUGAAUAUUCCAUACUUCCAAAUGAUUGUGCCUACUCAGGAUACAGUCAAGUAUAGUUACUUUCUGGAGACUCUGGUUGGAAAUGGAUUCCCUGUAAUGAUUGGUGGUAAUACUGGUGUUGGAAAAUCCGUGAUUGUACAAGACACCUUCAACAGGUUCGGAAAGGAUAAAGGCUAUGGUGUUGUACCCGUCAACUUUUCAGCUCAGACUGGUUCAGCUAGUACCCAGCAGAUUUUGGAGCUGAAGCUUGAAAAGAAACGCAAGAACAUUAUGGGUCCACCAACUGGCAUCAAGAAAUUGAUUUUCUUUGUUGAUGAUGUGAAUAUGCCACGGCCCGAUACAUACGGUGCUCAGCCAGUAAUUGAAUUGCUACGACAGUAUCUAGACUUUGGUGGAAUGUAUGAUCGAGAAAAGCUAUUCUGGAAGGUCAUUCAAGAUGUCAUAGUAGUAGCAGCUUGUGCCCCACCUGGUGGUGGACGUAAUCAGCUAACAGCACGAUUUGUCCGUCAUUUCAAUCUCUUUAAUAUUCCAGCACCUAGUGAGAUGUCGCUAUCAAAGAUUUUCAGAUCUAUAGUAGAUGGUUUCUUGAGACCCUUCUCUGCCGAUAUACGUCCUCUAGGAGAACCGAUAGUAAACUCCAAUAUCGAGAUCUACCAACGUAUGUGUAAGGAACUGUUGCCUACCCCAGCCAAGUCACACUACACCUUCAACUUGCGAGACUUGUCCAAAGUCAUUCAAGGUGUACUGCAAGUCAGACCUAGUACCAUUCAUACCAAAGUAGAAGUAGUAAAGUUGCUAUGUCACGAAACUAGUCGUAUAUUCCAUGAUCGUCUUAUUGACGAAGCCGAUCGUACCUACUUCAAUGAGGUGCUUUUGGAAACUGUCGAAAAGAACUUUAGUGUACGACGAGACGACUUAAAUAUCAAGGAAGUCCUCUUUGGAGACUUUAUGAAACGAGGAGUACCAGCCGAAGACCGCCUCUAUAUUGAAUUACCAGAGUCCAAAGCUAUCGGAGCUUUGCUAGAAGAGUAUCUGGAAGAUUAUAAUGUUACAUACUCUAAAGAAGCUCGUCUCAUCUUCUUUGCCGACGCACAGCAGCAUGUAGCUAGAAUAUCACGUAUUCUUCGUCAACCUCGUGGGAAUGCUCUAUUAGUUGGGGUUGGGGGUACUGGAAAGCAGAGCUUGACUCGUCUGGCUUGUCAUACUGCCGACUUUACUUGUUUCCAAGUCGAACUCACAAGGUCUUAUGGAGUUGAAGAAUGGCGAGAGGACUUGAAGAAACUAUAUCGCUUGGCUGGUGUGGCCGGAAAAAACACAGUCUUCCUCCUCUCAGACACUCAGCUCAAACAAGAGAGUUUCCUUGAAGACAUCAAUGCAAUUUUGAAUUCGGGCGAGGUACCCAACCUCUUUGAAUUUGACGAACGAGAAAAGAUUCUUGGAGAACUUCGACCUGUAGCUCGUGACCAAGGAUUACCCGAAGAUCGAGAUUCAGUGCAACGAUUCUUUAUCAGCCGUGUCAGGGAUAAUCUCCACAUCGUCUUUGCCACAAGUCCUGUGGGUGACACUUUUAGGAACCGUUGUCGUAUGUUCCCGUCACUUGUAAAUUGCUGUACUAUUGACUGGUUUGAUGAAUGGCCUCGGGAUGCCUUGCUAUCGGUGUCUCGUCGUUUCUUGGAGUUCGUUGAUGUUGGAUCUGACGAAGCCAAAGACAAAAUUGCAGCCUUGUGUGUGGAAGUCCACUCCUCUGUUGGUGAAAUGGCUAAACGGUUCUACGCUGAACUAAAACGCAAAUACUAUACCACUCCAACUUCGUACUUAGAGCUUAUUAAUCUUUACGUCUCCAUGUUACAAGAGAAACGUAAAGAACUCGGAGUUGCUAGAGAUCGUCUACAGUCUGGUCUGAGAAAACUGACUGAAACAAACGAGUUGGUUGCAAACAUGCAACUUGAACUCGAACGUCUUGGCCCACAGCUUAAACAGAGCGCUCUUGAUGUAGAAGUGCUUAUGAUUAAGAUCGCAAAAGAUCAGGAAGCUGCUGAUGGUGUAAGACGUGUUGUCGCCGAAGAAGAGAUGAUUGUCCGUGACAAGGCUGUAGCAACACAAGCCAUUGCAGACGAAGCUCAACGAGAUUUGGACCAAGCCGUUCCGGCCCUGGAGUCUGCAUACAAAGCUCUGGAUGCGUUGGAUAAAAAAGAUAUUGCUGAAUUGAAAGUCUUCACGAAGCCUCCUGACGCAGUCAUGAUGGUUAUGGAAGCUAUCUGUACCCUCUUUAAAGUAAAACCAGAUUGGGAUAACUCCAAGAAGCUUCUCAGUGACUCGCAGUUCAUGAAGAAGAUGAUGGAAUAUGACAAGGACAACAUUCCUGAACCGAUAAUGAAGAAGCUUGGCAAAUACAUCGCCAAUCCCACCUUUACUCCGGAAGCCGUCGAAAGGGUUUCCAAAGCUUGCAAGUCUCUAUGUAUGUGGGUCUGUGCUAUGGAGCUGUAUUCUCGAGUAUUCAAAGAAGUUGCUCCUAAACGUAAGAGGCUCGAAGAAGCUACGUCAGCAUUGGAGGCCACUAGAGCCAAGCUUGCUGAGAAGACUGCAGCUCUCCGAGAAGUUGAGGAUCAGCUCAACCAACUUAAGAGCACGUACGAAAAUUCCGUAGCCAGUAAACGUAUUCUAUCUGAGAAGGCAGAAGAUACUACCAAGAAACUUACUCGAGCUGGCAAAUUGGUGACUGCUCUUGCCGACGAACAAACUCGUUGGGCGGCUUCAGUCGAAAACUUGACGGCACAGAUAGAAGCAUUGACAGGCAAUAUGUUUUUGGGUGCUGCUUGUGUCGCAUAUUUUGGUGCCUUUACAUCUAGCUACCGUGCUGAAUUGGUUGCUCUUUGGAUUAAAUUCAGUCAGGAUGUCGGUAUAAAUGUCUCUCCGUCAUUCUCAUUGCUGGAAAAUCUCGCGGAUCCGGCAAUGUUGCGUGAAUGGACUAUGAGCGGUCUGCCAUCCGACAACUUAUCUAUGGAAAACGGUAUCCUAGUCACUCGAGGUCGCAAGUGGCCUUUAAUGAUCGAUCCACAGGGUCAAGCCAAUAAAUGGAUUCGUAAUAUGGCUGGAAAUGAUCUGAAAGUAAUCAAACUCAACGAUCCCAAGUUCUUACGAGCAUUAGAAAAUGCUGUUCGUACUGGACAGUCUGUAUUGAUGGAAGAUGUUGGUGAAACUCUAGAUCCAGCGUUGGAACCACUGUUGUUGAAGCAGACUGUCAGACAAGGAGGUCGUCUACUCAUUAAACUCGGCGAUACUCAAGUUGACUAUGACCGAAACUUCAAACUCUACAUAACAACCAAACUAUCGAACCCUCACUAUUUGCCCGAAGUCUGUAUUAAAGUCACUCUCAUCAACUUUACAGUCACCAAGGUCGGUCUGGAGGGGCAGUUACUGGCUGAUGUCGUCAAGCUUGAACGACCAGAUCUUGAAGAGCAGCGCAACACCUUGAUUAUGAAUAUUGUUGCAGAUAAGAAGCAACUUUCAGAUAUAGAAGACAAAAUAUUGAGGUUGCUUUUUAACUCACAAGGAAACAUUCUUGACGAUGAGGAGCUUAUAAACACUCUCAACCAAUCAAAAGUCACUUCGUCCGCUAUUAUGCAGCGUGUCAAAGAAGCUGAGCAGACUGAACGGCAAAUCAAUACUGCCCGUGAAGAAUAUCGACCAGUCGCUAUUCGAGGCUCGGUCCUGUACUUCACUGUAGCAGAUUUAGCUGAAAUUGACAUCAUGUAUCAAUUCUCGCUAUCCUUCUUCAAGGCUGUAUUUUGCUUGUGUAUCAAGGAGAGUGAGAAACAGCCAGAUCUUCAACAACGAAUUAGUGUGCUCUGCACCAACAUAGUCAGCACCAUCUAUAAUAGUGUCUCGAGAGGUCUAUUCGAACAACACAAGAUGAUAUUCUCCUUCUCCAUUUGUGUCCAUAUAUGUCGUCAAGCUGGACUCAUCUCGGAGGUCGAAUGGAACUUUUUCUUACGUGGUGGUAACACAGUAAGAGAAUCAGACUUGCCAGUAAAGCCAGCAGCUAAAUGGUUGACUCUAACCAUGUGGCGCAACUGUAUCGAACUGUCUCAAACCAUUCCAGCAUUGUCGUACUUACCAGAGCAUAUCAACACUUAUCCAGUUGAGUGGGAAGGAUUUGUCGAAUCAGACACACCAUUCCGCAGCUUGAUUCCGGGUGACGGCAGUGUUGGUAAGCCAUUGUCUAGCUUCCAAAGGCUUCUCGUUGUAAAGGUAUUGCGGGAGGAGAAGUUGGUAGUCUCGUCAUCCGACUUUAUCGGAGCAAACCUGGGUGAAUCUUAUAUUGGCUCUCCGCCCCUCGAUAUGGUAAAGGCUUAUAAAGACAUGUCCGCUGCUACACCUAUGGUAUUCGUCUUGUCUCCAGGAUCUGAUCCGAUUUCGUCACUGAUGAAAUUGGCGUCGUCAAAAGACUUUAAUAUGCAAGACCGCCUACAUAUGAUAUCUCUAGGUCAAGGACAGGGUCCUAUUGCCGAAGAAUUAGUGAAGAAGGCUAGUAUUAACGGCGACUGGCUCUUCUUGCAAAAUUGUCACUUGGCAGCCUCAUGGAUGACUCGUCUUGAACAGCUAGUCAAGGAACUAUCAGAGUCUAGUAAUGUAAAUGGAAAUUUCCGUCUCUUCCUCUCAUCUAUGCCUUCAAGGGUCUUCCCAGCCACCAUAUUGCAAGAGAGUGUGAAACUUACCAACGAGCCACCCAAAGGUCUUCGAUCUAAUAUAGCACGUAGCUUUGCAGAUAUUCCUAGGGACGUUUUUGACGAGAGACCACCACAAGGAACGAUAUUCAAGAAGCUGUUGUUUGGUCUAUGCUUCUUUAGUGCCGUGAUACACGAACGUAAACGAUUUGGUCCAUUGGGCUGGAACAUAAAUUAUGACUGGAGUGAGUCUGACUUGACUGUCUCCAUGACCAUCUUAAAGAAUGCUCUGGCAGAACAAAAGAACAUUCCGUGGGCUGCAUUGACGUAUCUAACGGGAGAAAUCACGUUUGGUGGUCGAGUCACCGAUGAAUGGGAUCGACGGACAGUAAUGUCGCUUCUCGGAAAGUACUAUAAUUUAGCCAUACUAGAUGACAAGCACCGAUUCACGUCGUCAGGAAUAUACUUUGCUCCUCCAGAUGGUGAUUUGGCAUCAUUCCGGGCCUUUAUUGACGCACUUCCAUUUACCGAAGAUCCAUCUGUAUUUGGUAUGCACGAGAAUGCCAACAUCUCAUACCAAAUGCAAGAAGCCCGCAGAUUGAUCCGUACUUUAGUCGAAGUUCAACCGAGACUUGUAACUGGUGGCUUGGGUAAAUCUAGUGAAGAAUUAGUACAUGAUUUAGCAAACGCCAUUAUGCAGGACUUACCAUCCGCCCUGGUAAUCGAACACAGUGAAGAACUGACAUCAGAAGAAGCAGCUUCCCGUAUUCACCUGUACUUGAAGGACGAGACUGGUCGAAUGAUCAACCCUCUAAGCACCGUAUUGGUUCAAGAAUCAGCUAGAUUCAAUCGACUACUUGCUACCGUGAGAACCUCGUUGGAUUUGCUAAUGAAAGCCAUAAAAGGUCUAGUUGUUAUGAGUGCUGAACUUGACGCCGUCUUCAAAAGUCUGCUGCAAAAUGAAGUACCAAAGGCAUGGGAACGGGUAGCAUAUCCAAGCUUGAAACCGUUAUCGUCGUGGGUUAAGGAUCUGGCUAUGAGAGUCAUCGCAUUACGUGAUUGGCUCAACACGGGCCAACCGAAGUCCUUCUGGCUGUCUGGAGUCUUCUUCCCUCAAGGCUUCUUGACUGGUGUACUACAGGCGCACUCUAGAAAGUAUAAUCUGCCGAUUGAUUCUUUAUCGUUUACAUAUGAAGUCAUGAGCAGUGAUGGCACUGAAGAUACGAGUGAAAUGGAUGGUGUUCUUGUUCAUGGUCUCUAUAUUGAAGGUGGACGAUGGGAUGCUAAUAAGAAGUGCAUUCAGGACUCUUUCACGAUGGAAAUGUUCGCACAAAUGCCUCCAAUUCGCUUCAUUCCUACCGAAGUCACUAAAAUUGUCAGAGACAAGCCCGGAAUAUAUUUAGCUCCGCUAUAUAAGACAUCUGCUCGAGCUGGUACACUAUCGACAACAGGAGCUUCGACCAACUUUAUUAUAGCAGUUGAACUGCCAUCCACUCAACCCUCUGACUAUUGGAUUUCAAGAGGUGUUGCAUUGUUAUGCCAGCUCAAUGAGUAG